CAGCAUGAGCAGUGAGCAGGGCAAAGCAGCAGGGUUCCCGCUGUCGCUACAAAUGGCAGUGACGUUCGAAGACGUGGCUGUUUACUUGUCCCAAGAGGAGUGGGAGCGGCUGGGCUCGGCUCAGAGGUCCCUGUACAGGGAUGUCAUGCAAGAAAACUAUUGGAAUCUGGUGUCUGUGGGUCUUCCUGUUCUCAAACCGGAGGUGAUUUCUCGGCUGGAGCAAGGGGAAGAACCCUGGAGUAAAGAUUACCUCAGUAUUGGAGAACAGGAAAUGCUGGAAGGCUUUUCUCUAGGAUACGGGAGGGAAAAUACAGAGGAGAAAGGCGUGGUGGACGAGAAACCUCAAGAGAUGCCCACAGAGAGGUCCAGAGGAAGCCACCCGUGGAAUCUCGAGCAGGGCAAAGCCCACAGGAGUCAGGGCAGAUUGGAAAAGCAGAAGGGAAAGCGGCAGAAGACCCCCACUCCCCAGACCUGGGGCCUAGGGAAGCUCUCCAUACACCCCAAUAAAGCCAGCGUCGAGGAGAAAGCCUACAUAUGUGGCGAGUGCGGGAAAACUUUCACCCAGUGGUCCAACCUCACAAAGCAUCAGAAGAUCCACUCGGGAGAGAAACUCUACAAGUGUGUGGAUUGCGGGAAACGGUUCAGUUACAGCUACUUGUACAUUCAGCAUCUGAGAACCCACACCGGAGAAAAACCCUACAAGUGUCCCGAGUGCGGGAAAAACUUCAGCGAGAACUCCAACCUCAUUCGCCACAAGAAAACCCACAGAGGCGAGAAACCCUACACGUGUACCGAAUGUGGGAAACGGUUCACCGUGAACUCGUCCCUGCUCACCCACCGGCGAAUUCACACAGGGGAGAAGCCUUAUAAAUGUUCCCAGUGUGGCAAGAGCUUUACUCAUAACACCACACUUAUUGAACACCAGAGGACCCACACGGGAGAGAAGCCCUAUAAAUGUUGCGACUGUGAGAAGAGCUUCAUCCAACGUUCGGACCUGAUGAAGCAUCGGCGAACGCACACUGGCAAGAAGCCCUAUAAAUGUCCUCAGUGUGGUAAAAAUUUUAGCCUCAGCUCCAAUCUCCUGAGGCACCGGAGACUUCAUGCCGCCGAAAAGCCCUAUAAGUGUCCCGAGUGUGGGGAUGGCUUUGGCCAGAGAGCCGAGGUUGCCGAUCACAUUGAGACACACAGGUUAGGGAAGGCUCUUUCUGGAAGGGGGUCCCCAGUGGGACCUGGGCUUCCGAGGUCGCUCUCAGACGUAGAAGGACCCAGGCCGCUCCCCGCCUCACGGUCAUAACAGAGAUUCGUCUCGUGUCCCAUCUGUCUAGUGUCUGGCCCGGCCGUGGCCCGUGUGCAGGAGGAAAUGAAGGCAUCAAGGGAUCAUUCCUAUAAUGCAGCAAGGCAUGGCCUCAGCCAUAUACUGGAGGAAAAAAGCUGUGUGUGUGUGUGUGUGUGUGUGUG